AUUUAUAUGUAUGUAUGUAUAAAAUAGUAACCUGUUCUGGAGAUAAGCGAUAAGCACUUCAUUAUCGAGCACCUCCCAUAUUUUAGAACACAAACAGUACGCUAUCAAACUUUAGUACACGCAUAUCCGCACAAUAUUCCUGGUCGAGCCGGUACAUUAAACUAUGCCUAUUGAUCUUGGUAUUAUGGCCGACGAUUUAGUUUCGGUCGAAGUGAGCGUGUUGCGCUCCAAUAUACACGUACUAAAGGCUCUGGGUUGUGGUAAUGGAUCAAACUGUACUAAACUAGCCAAGUGUCUGAUAGAUGGACAGUACUGGUCUAUUCUCGAUGGUCCGAUCGCAUCACAGAUCAUAGGUAGGGAAUUGAGUGAUCGGCAGGUGACAGGCGAAGCACUGUAUGCCCAUAUACAAGAACAAGUCACGGCGUACAUACAAAGCGAAUCCAAUUCAACCGAGAAGACUCUAGAAUGUGUGCUUGUUGGUGCUGCGGCGCUUAACACCUUUGUACAGACAAAUUGGACUGGACCUAAGCAUGUGGUUGCAGAUACACUUGACGCAUCUUCGCAUGAAGUGGAUUUGUACUCGCUUUUGCCUGCUGACUGUGUAGAUGUCACCGAUGCUGAUCGUGCCGACCACAUGCGCACCUCAGAAGCGACUGCAAGUGCAGCGAGUUCAGGGUUGGUGCAUGGGAAGGUGGAGUACCGAACUUUCGAUAAGACUGUGCGGAGAUGUCUGGGGGCGGAUGGCGAGGAGGCGUAUGGGCUGGCGAGCUACCAGCACUUGCUCUUGAUUGCCCUUGCGGUGUUGGACACUGUGUGCAAACAAAGCAAAGAGGGUGCACCCACAUCGGCUCACUGGUGGUACUCGCGCGCAGUCUUCAAGCAGCAGCAGAUUCUGUCAGACUGGUCUGCGACACUGCGCACCAGUUACUUCACAUGCAUGCAGGCCACGCUGGACAGUUUCAUCCCGUCUUGUAGUGAGAGCAUACAGCCACAUCUGCGUGUACGGGCUUUGAUAGAGAUGGCGAACGUCAGCCACUACUACCAGGACCAGAGGGCUGAGCGUGCGUGUAUUAUCGAUGCACGUGAGCUGGCUGGGGUGACACUGGAGCUCACCGGUGCACUGGGAAGGCGUACACGGUGGCAGCAGACAGAUAUAUCUCAGCUGGUGCUGCGUGCUUCUGGGGGAUUGGAUGAUAGCAAUGAUUUCAACGAGGCUAUAGAAGAAGUGGGAGGUGUUAGUAAGGGCGAGGGUGCAGAGAACGAUGCGAAUGAGAUUGUGAGUGUUGUGAUCAAUGGUGAGGGUACUGGUGACGAAGUAAGCAAUCCCGCCCUGCCCAAGAAACUAGCGUUGAAUGACGACACGCUUUUGGAGAAAAUCGCAUUUAACGAAGACAGCGAUGCACAGGAAGGAGAGGCGGGUACAGAGAAGUCGAGUCUAUCUGUACUCACUCAGUGUCUGCUGCUGGCAAGCUGUCUAAAUGUCAAGAACUCCAAUGCGAAGGAUGGUCUGACCACAGAGGAGAUGGUGCCCUUUGUUGAGCGCUUACUAAAAGACCUGGACAAACACAACUGGCAGGUGUACUCCAUGGGGCUUCUGUUGCGGUCUCGGUUAGAGGGCGAGCGCAACCGGACAGCUGAGCGAGGUGCUAUGCAGAUGCAAGUGCUGGUGGAUCAGUUCAACGACGCUGCAGGCCAGAAGGAGGCGUCCCCAGCGGUCAGAAUGGCUCACAUAUACACCAUCUAUUACCCGUCCCGGUUUGAAUUAGAGCGAGAAAUCGGAAUCUACUAUUUGCGACUGGGUGUUGUGGUGUCGGCGCGCGAGAUUUUCGAGCGAUUACACAUGUGGGAGGACGUUGUGGACUGCUAUCGCGCGUCUGAGAAUAUGGAGAAGGCCGUUGCUAUGGCGACGGAGUUGGUCGAGCUGAGCGCCACACCCAGGAGACUGUGUUUGCUGGGUGAUGUCAGCAACGAGCCUGAACACUACCAACGUGCAUGGGAUGUGUCUGGUGGUAGAUACUCUAAAGCAAUGCGUGCACUGGGACGCAUACACUUUGCCAAGGGAGAGUUUGCGGAAUGUGUCGAGUGUUUACAGAAGGCCGCCGAUAUCAAUCCACUGCUUGAGGGCGUGUGGUUCACAAUGGGCGCUGCGGCGAUAAGAAUUGGCGAUUGGGAGUCUGGUAUCAAAGCGUACCGUCACUGCGUGACAUUGAACGACACCAACGGUGAGUCAUGGAAUAAUUUGGGCACAUGCUAUAUCCGCGUGGAGGACUUCGAGAAGGCCAUGAGCGCGUUCAAGUAUGCGGCAAAGAACAGUUACGAUAAUUGGAAGGUUUGGGAGAACUACUUCAAUGUGAAUCUUCAGCUGAAAUUGGUCAACGAGUGCAUAGAGUGCAUGAACCGGCUGUUAGACCUGAAGGGCAAUAAGUUCACGGAUGUCAAGGCUAUGCAGUAUACCAAUGAUGCGGUGAUGGCCAAGAUCGACGGUCUGGGAGGUACACAUGAAGCGCGCACACUAAGCAAAAGGUGGCAAGAAACACUCGGGCGGACGCAGGUGGGUGGUAUGUCACAGAAUGUUGAGAUCUGGAACAUAUCCGCCAAGUGGCACACUUACUGCGGCAACGACGAGAAGGUGCUGGAUUGCCUGCAACGAGCCUACCGAAGCUCGCAAAAACCAGCAUGGCAGGAAUCCAGCGAGCUUGGUUCGUGUGUAGUGACCCAAGCUUUGAAGAUUUAUGAUGUAUACGAAGCAAAGGGUGAUGCUAAGGGCUUCCACUCCGCUUUAUUAAUGCUGCGAGGACUGGUGAAGAAAACACAGGAUAUCGAAUUAUCUGACGAUUUGAGACCGAAAUUGGAGGCCGCGCUGGAAGAGUGUCAACGGAGGAAAGAACAGGCCCGUCAAUAAUUCAAUGGACCAUUAAAGUUCAAAUAAUAUUCGCUCACGAACUGGCUGCAAUGACCAAGCACCUCCAGCGGUAUACCUACAACUAUGCUCGCCGAAACUGUGCUCUUGGUAGCAAGGUUUCUGCUGCAGUAUAUACCACAAUGUGUAUAUCUCUAUAACAUAUCUCGCUGGAUAGAACCGUGUGAGCGGCAAACGAAAAGAAUUUCACAUAUAUUAAAUCUUCUAUAGUAGAGCUUUUUGGUGCGUUGCAAGGUUUCUGCAGCAGUAAUGUGUAUCUCGCUUCAACAUAACUCGCUGGGUAAACCCGUAUUAACGGCAAACGAAAAGAUAUUUUUAUGAUUUAGUCUUCUACGAAAGAGCCUUUUAGUGCACAAUGCUGGUCGAGUACACAUCUGGAUUCACAAUGAAAUGAUUACCGGAAGGUCAUGAUAUUCCCUUGUCGGCUUAUAUGAACAUCCACCAUACUCUCAGCCAAUAUGGUUUCUGAUAUAUAUAUCAGUAAUUGCUGCAUAAACGAUGACCAAGGAAAUGGAUAUUCCUUCUCAAUGCAGUACAACAGAAACCUCUCGGUACCCAACAUAGAAACUUAAUGCUACAGCUUCAAGCCUUCAACACUGUGGCAAUGUGUCGUGCGCUCGCACACGCACGGCCUACUAAAAAUAGACCGUAUUAAAUACUCAUUUAGCAGGCCUCGAUAUACAUCUAUGACCUUGGUGCGUACAUAUUUCAG